AUGGAACAGCCCAUGAGCAUAGACAUCGACUUUUAUCGAAAGAUUAUGUAUAUCUUUAACAAAUACACUGGAUCUCUGCAAAGAAUUGAAUUUAACCCUGAAAACAGAACCACGGGUGCAACCUUUGAACUUUUGCACUCCGGGAUUUCAAGAAGCAAUGUGAAGAUUGCCGUGGAUAGGAUUUCAAACAAUCUAUACUGGACAGAUUCGGAAUUCCAAUGGAUAGGAUUGCAAUCUUUGAACAACAUGAAACGGCACAAGAUACUCAUACAAACUAAUGUUGAUAUGCCAACUGGAAUAGCCGUUGAUCCCAUUCACAACUACUUGUUUUGGCGUGACGUUGGGUCCUUUCCAAGAAUCGAACGUUCCAGCCUCACCGGAACGUACCGAAAGACCAUAAUUACUCAAGGUAUCGCUUAUCCAGUAGCUUUAGACGUCGACAUAAAAGCCUCCAUGCUGUAUUGGGUGGACUCCGUUCGUGAAACUGUGGAACGGUCAAAUUUGGAUGGGACAGGCCAUCAUUGUGCAAGCAGUCCAUGCGAAAGCAUCUGUGUAAGUCAGCCAACGGGUCCUGUCUGUUUCUGCAGUGAGGGGUUUGUGUUAAACUCAGACGGAACCACUUGUUCAGGAGCAUGUGACGUUAACAAUGGCGGCUGUGAGCAAAUCUGCAAUCCUCUGGGACGAACCAGAAUCUGCCAGUGUGGUUUUGGUUUCUCUAUGGAUGAGAACAGGGAGACGUGUUCGACGACAAACAAACUGUACGUCACUGACGGCCAAACAAACGUGAUAUACCGUUGUGGAUAUGACGUGGACACCUGCGUUCAGUACCAUGAAGACCCAGAUGCCCAUCUGAUGGACAUUAAACUUCUUGGAGAUUUUCUCUACUACUAUGCUUGGAACAAACUGAACUACAGCAGUGACAACUACGUCAACUACGAUAACUACCACUCUACCACCGACAACUUCUAG